AGUAGCUCCAGUUCUGUUGCAUCAAAUACUGAGAGUUCAUACAGUAGCUCCAGUUCUGUUGCAUCAAAUACUGAGAGUUCAUACAGUAGCUCCAGUUCUGUUGAAUCAAAUACUGAGAGUUCAUACAGUAGCUCCAGUUCUGUUGCAUCAAAUACUGAGAGUUCAUACAGUAGCUCCAGUUCUGUUGAAUCAAAUACUGAGAGUUCAUACAGUAGCUCUAGUUCUGUUGCAUCAAAUACUGAGAGUUCAUACAGUAGCUCCAGUUCUGUUGCAUCAAAUACUGAGAGUUCAUACAGUAGCUCCAGUUCUGUUGAAUCAAAUACUGAGAGUUCAUACAGUAGCUCCAGUUCUGCUGAAUCAAAUACUGAGAGUUCAUACAGUAGCUCCAGUUCUGUUUCAUCAACCUUUACUUCAUACAGUAGCUCCAGUUCUGUUGCAUCAAAUACUGAGAGUUCAUACAGUAGCUCCAGUUCUGUUGCAUCAAAUACUGAGAGUUCAUACAGUAGCUCCAGUUCUGCUGAAUCAAGUACCAAUUCAGUUACUCUCACCAGUGACUCUUCUAAAUCCACCACGACAGACACCCCAGACAGACCGCUAUUAACAGGAAAAGAACUGUUCAUGCAUACGGGAGAAGUUCUUGACGACAUCGACCAAUCUCUGAACAAGUUACAAGAUAUUCUCAACUCAGAAUUGAGAGAAAAAUCGCAUGCAGGGCCUCUGCACCUCGCCGGGUCAAAGGUCAACAGAUCUUUUCCCCGGAAGGACGUCGGGACCAAAGCGGAUAUGUGUCCGACAGAUGAGCCGCAUUGCACUGCCAUUGAACAGUCGUUUUCAGCUAUCAAUGAUCUAACCAAGAUUUUAGCGGAUGAUCCUAAGGCAUGGACUGACGAAUAUCUAAGGAAGCUGGAAAAUGAGAACGGAAUUCUUACUGAGGCGGUGGACGGAGCCAAGAAGGAGGAUUUCGAAGUGACGGAAACAAAGAAGAAGAUACAGGUUGUAAAACAGCAAGUCAGCGAGGGCAGCAAAGUGGCCAGCGCUCAGGUCGAGGAAUACGAGAAGGAAGAACUAGACAGCAUCAUCUUCACGUCGGUGUUCGGGGCUAUCGGUGGCCUCAUGGUGGUAGGGUUGCUUGGGGCCUUGAUGUUCGCGGUCGUCAAGGGCAAGAAAGUGUCUAAGACGAAGGAAAACAAGCGGUAUAAUCAGGUUCCCGAAGAGAGAAUCCCCGUGGGCGACUUCAUCCGCGCCCACGACAACCCUCCGCCGGCGAGGAGCGAGGCGAACAAGGCCCCCUACGCCCGCAGCGACUACGCCACGCCCUACGCCCCCGAAGCCCCUGCCAACCGUGAUCCUUACGCCCGCGGGAGGUCGUCUGGGGAACCUCGCUCUUACGGCCAGGGGAGGUCCGGGGGGCUGACCAGGAAUUACUAGGGAGGGGGGGAGAGGAGGACUGAUGGGAGGAGGAGG